AUGACGCAAGGGCCAUAAUGGUACCUGUACAGAUAGUACACUUGCCCUGAUUGACGUCGUUUUCCCGGCAAGGUGGUAAUCUUGAUCAUAAACUUACAAAUUUACAGGAUUUAGUGGUCUGAUUGUUCACUGGCGAGCCACGACUAUUUGUCUUUUUGGGAUUGACUGUUCGGAAUGGCUGCUUUGUACGCGUGUACAAAAUGUAACCAAAGGUUCCCGUUCGAAGCGUUGUCGCAGGGUCAACAACUAUGCAAGGAGUGCCGCAUCGCCCACCCCAUGGUGAAAUGCACGUACUGCCGCACGGAGUUCCAGCAGGAGAGCAAAACCAACACCAUCUGUAAGAAGUGUGCCCAGAACGUCAAACUGUAUGGGACGCCCAAGCCCUGUCAGUACUGUAACAUCAUCGCUGCCUUUAUUGGGAAUAAGUGUCAGCGCUGCACGAACUCGGAGAAACGGCACGGUCCCCCGCAGCCCUGCGAGCAGUGCAAGCAGCAGUGCGCCUUCGACCGCAAGGACGACCGCAGGAAGGUGGAUGGUAAACUCCUAUGCUGGCUCUGUACUCUGUCCUAUAAGCGUGUGCUGCAGAAAACCCGGGAGCAGCGCAAACAGCUGGGCUCCUCUUCACACUCCUCCCUCUCACAGAAGGAGCAGCUGACCCGGCUGAGCAGCAGUCACUACAACAGCCAGAAAACACUGUCCACUUCCUCACUGCAGAAUGAAAUCCCCAAGAAAAAGGCCAAGUUUGACAGCAUCUCCACCAAUGGGGACAGCUUCUCCCCGGACCUGGCGCUGGACUCCCCAGGGACGGACCACUUUGUCAUUAUCACCCAGCUGAAGGAGGAGGUGGCUUCACUCAAGAAGGUCCUGCACCAGAAGGACCAGCUCAUUCUGGACAAGGAGAAGAAGAUCACAGAGCUCAGAGCAGAGUUCCAGUACCAGGAGAGUCAGAUGAGGACCAAAAUGAAUCAGAUGGAGAAAACUCAUAAAGACCUGGUGGAGCAGCUGCAGGCUCGCAACAGAGAGCUGAUGAAGCAGGUGUCCGCUCUCUCCAAGGGCAAGAAGCCGGCGAUGACCUCACCGUGAGAGCGGGGGAGCGGCUGGGUGGUGGGCGGAGACUGACACGCCCGUGGUGCUCAGAUGUGUGUCUGCCCAGGUGUUCAAUUUAGUGUAACGCAUGGUAGCCUCCACAUGUGAUUUCAUUCAUCCUGAGACAGGGUACCUGUGUAUCUGCAGGCCAAAACACUCACAAUGACACACCACACACUUACCCACCAACAGCUACAUACCACAAAUGAUACUGACCAUACCUGUACUGCAGGACCUAUAUAGGCCUAAUGAUACGACACUACACCUGUUCAUAUAUCACACCUGCACCUGUAGCCGCAUUCAUACACUUAAACUCCUACACCAUUGCAUCUAGACCAAUAUUUUUGUACGAAAAUCCUUUUUCAUAGGAAGAUUAAAAACUCAGCAAUGAUGGGUAAAGGGAGUAUUCAACAUUGAAUUACUUUUAUUUCUAAUCCAAGUAUGAAAUGACGAGGGCAUUUUUUGUGUGCGUUUAAGCAUGACUAAUAUGCAUUGUUUGUUGUCAUUUUUAUUGCAUUUAUGUAUUUUUUGAUGAUGAAGAUGAUACUUUGGGUAUAACUCUAGAACAUGUUCUCUUUCCUGUAAUCGCUCCUCUUUCGUGCUCAAAGACGUCAGAACCUGUUGCACUAGCACCUCCACAGUAAUCCAGGGUUCUCCCGGGUUUCUUAUGCCAUGAACAGUGCACAGUAAACCCAGACGUGGAACGAACACUGGGCCUCAUUUAUCAAACGCGAGCCGAACAAAUAUGAUCGUAAAUCACGUAAAUGCAUUGAGACAAACAACGUGGGAUUUUUAGUGUUUUUAGUAUGUCAGUUUGUGUGUGGAAUCCAAACAGAUUUCACGAGUGCUGUGCGCUGUUUGUAUAGUGCGCUUAAAGCUUGUUUUGCGCGUUUGUGCUUUUAGUAUUAAUUCAUAAUUUUUUUUUAAAGAGUAGCAAAAUUAUUUGAUUAAAUAAGCCAAUUAUAUGUCGAUUAUAUAUAUUGACAAAUGUAUUAUAAUUGUUCAAAUUAUGUAAAAAUUACAAUUGGAUUCAACAUAAUAGGUGACGUGGAUACGAAGAAAGCAGUGUCUACACGUGUUUGAUAAAUCCGGCAGAAUUUGUCGUAAUGUUAUAAUGUAAUGUGUUUCAGAUUACGCAUAAAUUUACACACGAUUUUAUGAAUAUAUUGAUAAAUGUGGCCCAGUAUUUCACAUUUUAAUGAGACAGCAUGCGCUGAGUUUCUGUCUAUCAGAACAUGUGAGAGUUAAGCGUUCUGCAUUCUCAGAAAUGGAUUUUUUUCUGAGCUGCGUGUCCCACUGUUUCUGACUUUCCUUUCCUGAAGUGCAGCAUAUGGCAUAAGCAGAUCUUCACUCUUUGGUUGGCUGAUACUGCCUGUAAUAUGUCUCCUGACUGAGUGGAGAAACUGGAUCUGCUAUCAAUUGGUUCAGCCUUGUGCAAUAUUCUGAAUAAGCUAUGAAUCCGCCUGGUUUGACCGGCAAUACCUCUCCAGUUAGGCAGCUGUUUCUUAAACUGCAUCUGUUGAUUUUAGCCUACACAAUUCCUAUUAUUUGUUAAGUAAUUAUUCAUUUAUGAAUUUCAGAUAUUCCAAGCAGUUACUUUUAGUGAUGUGAGCGAUGCAUCUGCACCUUAUGAAUAAUGAUUUGAUCAUAUGAUGAUAAUAUUUUAUAUAUAAGUAUUUAUGAUGUCUGUAAUGAUAUGACUAAGCAGGUAAUAACAGGAGCAGGGAAGUAUGCGCUUAUUGGCUUGGUAUUGAGUUCCUGUACCAAGUCAGCAUGUACUGCCACAGUCCAAAAUAAAAGCUUUCUCCUGGUUACAA